AUGGAGGAAAAUUUAAAUAUAAAAACAAAUAUUUCUGAAAAUAUACAAGGUGAAAAAAACACUACUCUGUUGGAGAAGAAGGAUUUCCAGGAUACCCGGUCUUUAGGCUCGAUGGAACAGGAAAAGGACAUAACUACUUUUGAAGAUAAGAAUGCCAAAUCACAAGCAUCAUUAGAACCUAGCAAGGAAACAGAUUUUAGUCGAACUGAAUCUUUGCCAAAGCAAGAUACUCUUCGUCCUCCCUCAGAAGAAACUUUAAAGCACAAUAAAGGAGGAUCCGAAAGCCAACCUCCACUUCCAGAAGAACCGGUGCCUGAAGAGUAUCGGCAAGCAGCUCAAAAAGAACACGACACCCAACCUCCUCUUCCGGAUGAGCCUGUGCCUGGAGAUUAUCAACAACCAGGUCAAGAAGGAUUUGAAAGUCAACCUCCACUCCCAGACGAACCGGUGCCUGAAGAGUAUCAACCUCCAGUUCAAGAAGGGUCAGAAAGUCAACCUCCACUUCCAGAUGAGCCUGUGCCAGAAAAAUCGAAAUAUGUUGCCAAUGAUUCUGAGCCUGCUACUUCUGGUACAGAGGAAUCUGCCAGUCAACCAUCUAUAGCUUGGUCGGAGGAUCAACAAGUAGCGGCAAUUUGGGACAAAAAUGCACAAGCGUACUAUUUUUGGGACCGUCGUACCAAUACCACAAGCUGGCUGAAUCCCUUAGAAGAAAGUGAUUCUGAAGACAAAUCAUCGGACAAAUAUGCUGCUAGAGUACAAUUUAAUAGGCUUUCCGGUAAAUAUAUGCCCGAGUGGGCAACUCCUGAAAUGAAGAGUGAGGAAUACAAGGCUCAUAAGCACAUGGGUCAAUUUUUUGAUGUAGACACCGCUAUGUCUAGUACACAAGGAAAAAGCCUUUUGGAGGAACGAAGAAAUAGAAAAUACACGAGGAAGGAAAUGGAAGAAAUGAAGAAAAGGAACAAAGAAAAGAAGGAACAAAAGCGCCGGGCAAUGUUUGACAUUGCCUCCGACGAUAAAGAUUUCCGCCGAAGAAAAAUUAUUCGUUACUAA